ACCCAAUACGCGGCACGCUAUGUUUACAUUUAAAAUAGUUGUGCAAGCAGUACUAUAUAGCAGACGUUUACAUAUCAAAUAGUUUUUGUUGACUGUAUGUCAUGGAUGUAAAAAUAUGAAAACCAUAUUUUGGGUUUUAUUCGUUGCAUUUGUGGACGGAGGUUACGGUCUCUGUGAAUUUUCUGGCCAAGAACCAUGCCUCUUCAAGAACAACAGAGAGUUACCGUAUUCAGUCUACACAAGGCAUCCUUCAAUUGACUACUCCUCCGCAACGGAUGAUACCAAAUAUUGUGACCUGUUUGCACUUAGUCACGGUGUAUGGUACCGUAGUAGUUACAAUAUGACGAACUACUGCGUCGAUCACAGGAAAUGUGGGACCAAUGAUCCGAUAUAUCUAAAUGGGAGUAUACCGGGUCCAGCAGACGGUGUUGUCGAUGCAACAGCUUGUGUCCGAACGUUUGGAAAUUGUUGUGAAAAAAUUUUGAAUCUAAGAAUCAAGCACUGUGAAUAUUUUAUGGUUUAUUGUUUCCUGGACCUGCACUCUGCAUGUCAUAGCAGAUUCUGUUUUGAUGUUGACCUAGAUGUUGAAACAACAACGACGACAACAACAACAACAACAACUACAACAUCAACAACAACUACUACUACAACAACAACACCUGCCCCAACUACAAUAGCACCAGAAUAUCCGUCUGGUGACAAACAUCAUGGAAAGCAAUACAAGGGUGAAAACAAAGGGACGGUAAUUGUACUGGCAACUCUGCUUGCUCUGAUUUCAAUAAUGACGAUAGGAAUCUUGGGAAUGUUCAUCUAUCAUCUCAGAAGGCAAAAGGUAUCUGACGAGGGUCAGAUCACCAAAAGUUCCAGUCCAGUUGUAUCAGCAAGAGAUGUAAUACCAGUAUAUGAGAAGACGAGUAUCCAUUCAUGUGAAAACAGUUUACCACCGAUAGAGCAAAAACUUCAAUUCAAGUGAGAGCUGCCGAAUCAGACUGUUGAAGAUGUCGUUGAUUCAUUUAGGAAAUGUUUUUCAUACUUACCCUUUGACAACCCAUGCACAAGAAAUUUAUCAAUUUACUCUAAUGUUUAUCUUAAUAGCUGAUAUUACAUGAGUGUCUUUUUCAUAUUGAAUUUGCUAAACGAGUUGAAUAAAAUGAUAAAAUGCGAGGCUCUGCCUACGAGUUAAAUAAAGUUAAUAUGGAAAGUCACAAAUGUAAUAUUCUUUUUAUCACAUGUUUGCUUUUCCUGUCGAAAAAUAAAAAAUUCUACUUUCUUUAACUAUACAAACAAGUCGAUUUGAUCAACGUCUCCUAUACUAUAAACGACGUAAACGUCAAAGCUUUAUUACACUAGCAUAUUGUCACGGGGGACUUUUAUGUAUCUCUUACAUAUGGGUUCUGUAUGAGAAGUCUGUAAAUAUAUGUAUAAUAUAUUUAUUACAAUACAAUGUAUAUCAAUCUAUCUAUUAGAUAAUGGCAGACAACAAUAAUAAAGGGGUUCACGUAAAACGUUACAUACGAUUUCUCAUUAAAAGCAUAUCACAAAUGCAUUAUAAACAAUAUAUGACUUAACUAAAACGUAACAUAUAGUGUGUGUAUUAAAUAAUAGAUCGGACGUACCUGUAAAUAUAUGUAUAAUAUGACUAUCUAUCUUAUCUAUCUAUCAGAUAAGGGCGGACAACAAUAAUAAAGGGGUUCACGGGAAGGGUUAUCUGAUUUAGUAUGGUACGGCAUCCGUCAGUAGAGCAUUGUAUUUGAAUGUAUAGGUCGUAGAGGAGAAUGCAUAAUAAAAUAUUGGAAUGUAAUAUAUAAAUUACACUGAUACUAUAGACCUGAGACAAUUCUUACUUUAUGACUUAUGACAGUAUUAUCAUUUUAUGUAAUGGCUUUAUUACACUCCCGCGACGUCAAACAUGUGAUAAAUAGAAAUAACCAUAUAAAUGGAUAUUAUUAGAAAUACUUCCCUUGCAGCACUACUGUAUAUGUUUAUUAUUGUGUAUAUCAUAUCUUCCAAAAUACUGAGGAAAAUGACGUUUUUUACCUUACAUUAUUUUAAACUGAAUUAUGAUAUUUUCCAUUACUUGUGCUUCUAUCAAGAUCCAAACGUUCGUUUUCUUAAGAGUGUUCCUUUAAAAUAUUUCACUGUCAAAUUCAUGCUCAUAGCUACCAAUUUAAACAAAUUUAAAAUCUUUAUUCAUACAAAAUUUUAUAUAUCGUUUAUGUGUGACUUUGUUAAAUAAGAAAUAUCAUAGAAACGAUUUGUGAAAAUAG